AUGUUUUCUAGGAAUACAUCAAAAUCACUGACUUUUACUGUAACUACGGAUGAGCCUGUGGAUGAAGGAAUGGAACCAAACGAUUGUGAUAUGAGUGGUUGGUUAUUAAAAAAAAGGAGAAAACGAAUGCAAGGAUGGGCAAAAAGAUGGUUUGAAUUAUCAUCGACUGGAGUCCUAUCUUAUUCAGUGAGAAAAGGUGACAUUAAAAGAGGUUCAAUACAAAUUUUAUUGGCCACAAUAUCCUUAUCACCAAAACAGCGCACAAUCCAUUUGGAUUCUGGUACUACCAUUUUUCAUUUAAAAGCGUUGUCCAAUGAUUUAUUUGAUGCCUGGCUGAAUUGUAUUAGAACAAAGAGGAGUAUUACAAAUAAUGUCAUAUGGAACGAGGAUGGAGGCAUCCAGUCAGCAAUAAGUCUAUUACCUGACUCGGAUAGCAAUGAUUACGAGAUAAAUCACCAAUUAAUUUUAAAAGCACUGAAUGAUAUGGACAACGAAUUAAAAUAUCUAAAAAGCAUAGUAUCCAAAGAAUUAUCCGUCAGCCAUGAUACUUUGGUAGCUUCCCCAACAUCAGCAGACAUUUCUUCGAUACUUCCACCACCGCCACCUUUACCUCAUUCACAUAGUAGUAAUAGUAGUAGUAGUCUCAAACUUAGAUUUCCCUUCAAACGCGGAACGUCAUCCACAAAUUCGGAUGAGCAUCAUCACAAGUCGUCUAUGAUUACGGUUGAACGACUUUCACAAUCGAUCAAAUUAUUAUCGGAUUAUCGAGAAAAAAUGUCUACAUCAUAUUUACAAAAUUACAAUCAAAGAGGCAUAAAUCCACUGGAAAUACCAGGCAGAACGGGAACAGGGUUCUCUACCCAUCGGUCAGCUAGUUUUUAUUCGUAUAGUGCACAGUCAGAUUUAUUCUUUGACGCCGAAGAUGAUUUUGAAUUAAGUAAUGAGGAAGUUGAGUCUACGCAUGGAUCGAUCGUUGUAGAUUCCGAAGAUGAAGACAAAGUAGAAGUUUCAUCUGAUGAUUUAAUUAUAUCUAAAGACAAUAUUUCAAGAAGAACCAGAUUAUCUCAUCCCGUAGCUGUAAGAACGAUUUCCGUCUUGGGUAUUUUACGCAAGAAUAUCGGUAAAGAUUUAUCAACCAUCUCUAUGCCAAUCAGUUUGAAUGAACCCAUCAAUUUAUUGCAGCGUUUAUGUGAGGAACUAGAGUACUGUGACCUGUUAGAUAAAGCAACAGCACAAACAUCAUCUAUGGAUAGACUCAUGUAUGUUACCGCAUUUGCUAUAUCUGGUUAUGCUUCAUCACAGUACAGAAUUGGAAGAAAGCCAUUUAAUCCACUCAUGUGUGAAACAUACGAGUGUAUUCGACCCGAUAAAGGUUUUAGAUUCAUUUCUGAAAAAGUGUCACAUUAUCCCAAUGUCAUGGCGUGUCAUGCAGAAUCUAGAAAUUUUCAAUAUCGACAAUCGUAUUUUGGAAAGACGAAAUUUUGGGGUAAAUCAAUGGAAUUAAUCACAGAGGGACAGAGUCAUAUUUCAUUGACGGGGCAUGAAGAUCAAUAUACGUAUUCAAAACCAUCAAGUUGGUUGAGAAACCUGGUGACAGGAACAAAGUAUUUAGAACAUAUUGGCGAAAUGAAGGUAGAUAACCACGCGACAGGUGAGUAUGCGAUUGUCACAUUCAAGGAAGCAGCGGCAAGUGGAGGAUCUUUCUUUUCAAGUGGCAGUAAUGUCAUGCAUCGAAAUAAUGUAGUAGCGAAAUUCUAUGAUUGCCGAGGCUCACUGAUAAGAGAAGUUCAAGGAAAAUGGAGCGAUACAUUAUCCGAGGUAGUUGGCCCUGAUCAAUAUUCCGUAAUUUGGAGAUCAAAACCACCUUCAAUUCCAGACUACCAAGACUAUUACGGACUAACACAAUUUGCAAUGGAGAUCAACGAAAUUACAUCACUAGAAAAGGAUAAAUUACCAAUCACAGACACUAGAUACAGGCCAGACCAACGCUUGUUUGAAAAUGGAAAGGUUUCCGAAGCGGAAGAUGAAAAAAUAAGAGUUGAGCAACUACAGAGAGAGAAAAGAAAGCAAUACGAAGCACAAAAUAAAGCUUGGGUUCCUUUUUGGUUUGAAUUAAAACCUGAUGCGUAUUCUCCAACUGGUGACUCAUGGCAAUACAAGGGUGGUUAUUGGGAAGCACGAAAAUCAGGUCAAUGGCCAAGGGAAAUAUUACAACUCUGGUAG